AUGGAUCCUCUUGAGCGGUACAAUUUGAUUAAACGGUUAAAAUUAUGUCUCAAUUGCUUUGGUUUCAACCACUCGUCGAAUCAAUGCCCAUCACUUCGUCGGUGCCAGCACUGUCGUGCGAGCCACCACACUUUGCUGCAUCGCACAUAUGGUAGCAAGGCAGACGACAACAACAAAAGGGAAGAUGGGAAUGCUGAGAAAUCAACAACGCUACAGGCUGGUAUCGUUACAGGUGAAGUCAUUCUCGCUACAGCUCUAGUUCGUUUAUGUAACACUGCGGGAAGCUCUCUCAUGGCACGUGUGUUGUUGGACUCAGGUUCUCAGCUCCAUUUUGUCACCGAAAGAAUUGCACAGCAUCUUCGGUUACCGCGCAAAAAGCGCAGCAUAGAGGUAACGGGCAUUGGAUCUACAACAACGAAAACGCAGCAAGUAUGCUGUGUUGUACUAAAAUCGCGCCAUACAGCAUUUUCGUCGACUUUGGAAGCGGUUAUCAUACCAACAAUAACUUCGUGUCAACCCAGCAAUCGUGUCAGCAUUGAGAAAUGGAAUUUGCCUAACAACAUAACGUUGGCAGAUGAACAGUUCUACGAGCCAGCAACGAUCGAUUGUCUUAUUGGAGCAGCGUGGUUUUAUGAUUUGCUUCUCGUCGGUCAAAUCAAGCUGCGCAACAAUUCGCCGGUUCUGCAGAAAACUAAACUCGGUUGGAUAGUUUCUGGCAUCGCUAACUCAUCUGCACCAAUAGCUUCAUCACCAAAAACCUCAUCGUUGAAUAAAUCAUCGGCCUAUAUGGCAUUUCUCACCAUGUCCGAAGAACCAGUUCUCGAUCAGCUGUUGCAAACCUUUUGGGCAUUGGAAGAACACCACACCAAUUCAUCAACGUCAGUUUCGGCAGAGGAGCAAGCAUGUGAAGAUCUCUUUGAAACAACCACAACCAGAUGUCCAAAAACCAACCAAUUCAUCGUUCGCUUACCGUUUAAUGAAGACCCCAGCAGCCUAGGGCAAUCAUAUGAAGCUGCUUUCAAAAGGUUGGUAUCUCUUGAGUAUAAAUUUUCUCGCAAUCCCGCACUCGUCAACACAUAUCGUGAAUUCAUGAACGAAUAUAUUAACAUGGGGCAUAUGACACUGCUUAAUAACCCCGAAGAGGCUCGUAAUUUUAUCCCCCACCACUGCGUCACAAAGGCGGACAGCAGCACCACAAAACUCCGUGUGGUCUUCGAUGCGUCGUGCCGAACUUCGAACGGGAAGUCUUUGAACGACAUAUUGCUCGUCGGUCCGACGCUACAGGACGAUAUUUUCACAAUCCUGCUUCGCUUUAGAGCUUACAAAUACGUGUUAAUGGCUGACAUCGCUAAAAUGUACCGCCAGGUACAAAUGAACUCAGCUGACUCUCCUUGGCAGUGCAUUUUGUGGCGAGAAUCACCGAACACUUCUGUGCAAGUGUACAAGCUGCAGACCGUCACAUAUGGUACAAGCAGCGCACCAUAUCUCGCCACAAAGGCUCUACAACAGUUGGAAAAGGACGAGGCAAAAUCGCUACCAAUUGGUUCAGUUGUUACGCUCAGAGAUUUUUACGUCGAUAAUCUCAUGACAGGUGGCGCUACCACUGAUGAAGUCGUCGAAAUUAAACAGCAAGUUGUUGAGUUGCUUAAACAUGGGGGCUUUCCCCUACGAAAAUUCGCCACUAAUGACAAUUCCAUCAUCUCUGACAUUCCUCAAGCUGACCGUGAAGAAAUCGUACAACUCGGUGGCGUAGACUACAUUAAAACACUUGGGUUUAAAUGGUCACCAUCGAGCGAUAACUUCGUGUUCAGCUACACCGAAUCAUCGUCGUCUUCGAAAACAACAAAAAGAGCGAUUUUAUCCCAAAUUGCAAGCUUCUUCGAUCUACUUGGAUUAUUGAACCCUAUAAUAGUUUCAUGCAAAAUAUUAAUGCAGCAUCUAUGGGCACUGAAACUAGAUUGGGAUGAAAGUGUCCCACAAGAUGUUUACACCCAAUGGCAAGAUUUUCGUCGGCAGCUAUCUCUGGUUCAAAAAAUCCAAAUUCCAAGGUAUGUACCUUUCAACACCGCUACUGAAAUUCAUGCCUUUGCAGAUGCCAGCACGAAGGCUUGCGGCGCCUGCAUCUACAUGGUCACACGCGAUUCUAAUGGUACGACGUCAUCGUUGCUGUCCGCUAAGUCUCGUGUAGCUCCAAAGAAGGAACCAUUCAUUGCUGGUCAGACUCGACCAUCGCGCUAUCCUGGAUCAAGGGAGAGCCGUCGCGUUGGACAGUAUUCGUUGCGAACAGAGUAA